AUGCGUUCAACAACUUUGACCUCGCUUCUUGCAGCGCUCACCCUCACCACCGCCCAACAGAUCAACAUCGACGCAGCGCAAAGCGUUCCCGUCCCAAAUCUGUCCAUCGACCUUCUCGCCGCCCCACCAGCCGUUACCUACGAUGCCGCAAGCGCAGCAUUGUCUAUCGCAGCCGCCGCAGCUGCAGGCGAAUCACCAGCCAUCUUAAAGCGCCAGGACAAUUCGACCUGCACGAACCGCACCUUAGGCGCAGGACCAGUCCCCACCACCGACACCGCGCCUGCCUUCCUGAGCUACGCGCCCUUCGCCGACUUCGCAAAGAACGCAACAACACCCACCAACUACACGCAGGCCUUCAGCAACUUGCACGCCUCCACGACCGCCAAGACGUACUUGGGCCUUGCCGAGCUGAGCGUCUACGACACAGCCAACUGCUCUGCCCAGUGCGACGCGCAGACAGGGUGCACAGCGAUCAACCUCUUUUUCGAGCGGUCGCCGACGCUGAACCUAGCUUCAGCAUGCCCCAACCCGCCGAGCAGUACGCUCAUCAAGUGCGUGUUCUGGGGCGAUGCGGUGACCAAGGCAAACACCGUCAAUAGCGGAUUCACGGAGCAGGGGUUUGUGGUUGCUAUCGCGGGGAGCAACGGGUAUAACAAGGGCCAGGCGGUGCAGGAUGCUAAGAAGAGCGGGGGCGCUCGACUUGAAAUCACCGCUCUCGGGCUCGGGUUGGUGGGCUUGAUCAUGGCAGUUGGGUUCUGA